GGGGCGGGGCGGAGCCGCUUGCGCGCGCAGGUGACACUCCAGGGUUGGGUAAGCCGAGAUGGCAGCUACCGUGUUCCGAGCUGCUCUGCAGGACUGGAGGAGCUGUGUCCGGCGGAGCUACCGGAGUCGGCAGCUGAGCCAGACGCAGGGACCUCCUGAUAACCCCAGCUUUGUGGAGUCUGUGGAUGAAUACAAGUUCGUGGAGCGCCUGUUCCCCCCUACCAAAAUCCCAGAACCACCGAAGCAUAAACAUUAUCCCACUCCCAGUGGGUGGCAGCCUCCCAGAGACCCUCCUCCCAGCUUGCCCUACUUUGUCCGGCGCUCCCGGAUGCACAACAUCCCGGUCUACAAAGACAUCACACAUGGCAACCGGCAGAUGACGGUGAUCCGGAAGGUGGAAGGGGACAUCUGGGCUCUACAGAAGGACGUGGAAGAGUUUUUGAGCCCACUACUGGGAAAGACACCUAUCACUCAGGUUAAUGAGGGGUUUGAAGACAAGGAAAUGCAGACUAUUCCUUCCUGCUGCCCAUCCCAGUGUUCAGAUCCUGGCUACCCUGUUUGACGGAGACCCAAGGAGGAAGCACCACCCUCCCAGGGCUCAGUUUCCCCAUGUGUAGGAUGAAGCUGUCCAGUUCAAUGACCUCAGCACCCUCCUUCCAGGAGACACUGGCCGGUUGGCCGGCCGUAAGCCCACGGGCUGGCAAGGAAAAGGAGCCCAGGCCUGAUCCUAGGUUACAUGUCCCACCAGUCAUUAAUGCAAGUUUUUAUUUGGCUGUAUAUACAAUUUAAGCUAUUAAAAUUUGUACAGUAUUUACAAAUUAAAUAAUCAUCUGAAACUGUCUCCAGAAACUCCUGUAACACAACCGAAGGAAGAAGGAAGCAGCUAGGCCUUGGCUCAUGGUCCCUGCCUGGCCCAGAGCCAGUUAUAAACUGGGAAGUCCAGGAACCUAGCCCCACACCUGCUCCUCCUUCUUGGGGUCAAGCAUUCAAAUUCAAAGGAGAAAAUUUAAGCCAAAAGCCACUAGGUACAGAAAUGGUUCCAGUCCUGAACUCAAGUCCCACAGGUUGAAGGUGGCCUGCCUUGGGUUCUGGGGAGCAGGGUUAAGGAGCAGCACAUCCCCUCAGCCAGGCCCACCAGGCAGUGGCUGCUGGGUGAGAUGGGGAAAGAGCCUGGGGAGGGGCAGGGCAGGAUCCCUCGGUGCUGCCCGCCUGUCCCCCCACCCCCAGGCACUCCUUUCCCUGAGUUGUGUGGUUGCCAGUAAGACAUGGAAAUGCCACAGGGCUUAGGGGGCACAGCCACCAUCACAAAGGGGGUUCUGGGG